AAGCAAUACAAGUCACUAAGUAAAAAUUCAAACAUUUUCUUUCAUACACAAGCUCUUCCAUUCAUUGUAUUUUUUUCUUUGCCUUUCAACUCAAAACAAUGGGCUUCCGCUUACCUGGUAUUAGAAGGUCAUCUUUUGCUGUAACCAAAGCAGCUUCCAAGGCUGUGGAGGUCCCCAAAGGCUACCUUGCAGUCUAUGUUGGGGAGAAAAUGAAGCGGUUUGUGAUUCCUAUUUCAUACUUGAAUCAACCUUUAUUUCAACAAUUACUGAGCCAAGCUGAGGAAGAAUUCGGAUAUGAUCAUCCAAUGGGUGGUCUCACAAUUCCUUGCAGCGAAGAUGCUUUCCUAGACCUCACUUCUCGUUUGAAUGGACUAUAAAUCAUAUUGAAGGAGAUUGACAUAGAUUAGUUGAGGCAAAUUGUACAGAAGACAAUUCUAUUUAUUUAUUUAUCCUUCUUUUGUAAGUGGAAAGUGCCAUCUAAGUGAGAUAGUUAUUAACAGAGAUGUUGAAUUCCUUUUUGGUCAAAUUUCAAUGAGUUUUCAUGCACACUUUGCUGAAAAAUUAUACAGAUAGCCACUGUUAUGCAUAUUCUCUUCAAUAUAUUUUUUUUUCUUCCCCUGCUCUUCUGCUGCUACUGUUGUACAAAUAAAAGCAAAAUAAAUUAUAAUGAUGUUCUUUUAGA